AUGGGCAGCAAGGAAGAUGCAGGCAAGGGGUGUCCGGCGGCCGGCGGCGUCUCCAGCUUCACCAUUCAGUCCAUCCUGGGCGGGGGCCCCUCCGAGGUGCCACCGGAGCCCGCCGGCUGGCCGGCCAGGAAGCGCAGCCUGUCCGUGUCCUCGGAGGAGGAGGAGCCGGACGACGGCUGGAAGGCACCUGCCUGCUUCUGCCCAGACCCGCACGGCCCCAAGGAGCCGGGCUCCAAGCAUCACCCCCCCAUCCCCUUUCCUUGCCUGGGUACCCCCAAGGGCAGCGGAGGCGCGGGGCCCGCGAGCUCGGAGCGCACGCCUUUCCUCUCUCCUUCGCACCCGGACUUUAAGGAAGAGAAAGAGAGGCUCCUGCCCGCGGGCUCGCCGUCGCCAGGGCCCGAGCGGCCGCGGGACGGCGGCGCCGAGCGGCAGGCGGGCGCCGCCAAGAAGAAGACGCGCACGGUCUUCUCGCGCAGCCAGGUGUACCAGCUCGAGUCCACCUUCGACAUGAAGCGCUACCUGAGCAGCUCGGAGCGCGCCUGCCUCGCCUCCAGCCUGCAGCUCACCGAGACCCAGGUCAAGACUUGGUUCCAGAACCGCCGCAACAAGUGGAAGCGGCAGCUCUCGGCCGAGCUGGAGGCGGCCAACAUGGCGCACGCGUCGGCGCAGACUCUGGUGGGGAUGCCGCUGGUGUUCCGGGACAGCUCGCUGCUGCGGGUGCCGGUGCCGCGCUCGCUCGCCUUCCCGGCGCCGCUCUACUACCCCGGCGGCAACCUCUCGGCCUUACCUCUCUACAACCUCUACAACAAGCUCGACUACUGAGCGGCCGCCGGCCCCGCGCCGCGCUCCCCGGGGCCCCUGCGCGGGGCGGGCUGCGGCCGGAAAUAUUAAGAAAUACACCAUGUGUAUUCGUUAUCUCUUAUUUAUGGCCUCUGCCCUACUUUUCGUUUCGAGCGUUUCGGGUAUUUAUCGGCCUUUUCUCCAGCCACAUCGCCUGCUCUCGCCUCCCCCCCCCCCCCAAAACCAGUACGCUUUGAAAACCAUGUCGGAGGGGAUGUCCUCGGGUGGUGGUGGGAAAGGGGGUUUCGGCCAGAUCGACAGUGACCGGUAGAAAAGAAAUAUCAGAAAAACGCCAACCAAGCCAGGUACACUCCUCACCCCAUAUAGACACCUGUAUGUAGGUACACGCACACGCAGCCGGCCAAGCCAGCGGG